UUUUGCAGUACACAAACAGUACCCCCAACACCACCAUGAUCUUUGAUGACCUGCCAUCAAUGUUUGGCUACCAGCUGCUAAGGGAGGGGCUACAGGGUUAUUUGGUAUUUGCCAAGCCUGAUAAUGCCUGUGAACCUCUUGCACCACCACCUUCAAACACCACCACCCUUGACUUUAUCGUUAUGAUUCGCAGAUAUGGAUGCAAUUUUGACGUCAAGGUGCUUCAGGCACAGCAGGCUGGGUACAAAGCAGCGAUCGUGCACAAUGUCGAUUCGGACCAGCUGCUCAGCAUGCACUGGAGCAGUGAGGAGAUCAGACAUCAAAUAACAAUCCCAUCCGUGUUCAUCGGGGUCCGUGCUUCCCAGCUCCUGAAGUCACUGUUCACUUAUGACAAAGGUGCAUAUAUUGUACUAAUGCCAGACUUCAACUUCCCAUUGGGGUAUUACCUCAUUCCCUUCACCGGUGUGGUUGGAAUUGUGAUUGUCAUUAUGAUCACUGUCAUGAUAGUGAGGUGCGUGCAGUAUCAGCGCAGAAUCCGGACAAACCGGCUGUCAAAGGAGCAACUGAAGAAAAUUCCAGUCCAUAAAUUCAACAAAGACUGAAGACCGAAGCGAAGAACUCGUCAAUUCCCUUCCAAUG